UCAUUAAUGUACGUUUUUGUAAUAAAUGUAAUAUGAUAUACACACAAUUACAUCGACUGAAAUUUACCGAGUCGGAACACUUCCCUUAGCAAAUGACGGUGUCACAUUAUUAUUGUUCCGUCUAUGGACACACUGAACCGCAUGCUGUCUAGAUGAAGUUCAUGCUGUACUAUAGACAUUAAAAUAUUAAUAAUGCAUCUUACGCAAGAGUUAGAACUGUUUCCUGAAUACAUGGUGACUCAACUGCUUUUCAAAGAUGUAAAAAAUGCGACGGAGUUGAGAAAAAUGGCAGUGAAUGGAGAAAUAAAAGGCGCCUUGAUCAAUCCAUCAAUGGUUGUGGAUGCAUUCCAGAUCCUGGUGGCAACAAAUAAAGCCGUUCACCUACAUAAAAAUGGGAAAAUGAAAACCCGGAGCCUUUACUCGGAAAUCAUUUUCAAUCUUUCACCCACAAACAACAUAUCGGAAGCAUUUAAAAGGUUUGGGAUCUCAGACAGUGACAGUGCAGUUCACAUUGUGUUAGUACACAACAAAGAUGAGACCCUUAACAUCGAUGACAUCAUCUCAAAAGUGGACGGAGAACAGAUUGCAGUUGAUCAAGUGUCUGAUUUGACUGAUGUCGCCAAGAUUAAAAAGCUCUACAAAAUCGCACCACAGGAGGAAAAGUGUGGGAGUCUUUUGGACGCUGUUGUUUGCAGGAUGGCUACUAAAGAUGCUGCAUAGCUAAUCUAUACAUUGAUAUAUUUAUAUUUUGAAUAAACACACUGUAUUUCUA